CAGCCCUCCGUUCCGGGUGAGAGCGAGACCCCGGUCGCGCCCACUGGUGUCUCCCCCGUCCAGCCCACCACUCCUGGCGAGACCCCGGUCGCGCCCACUGGUGUCUCCCCAGUCCAGCCCACUCAGCCACCUCUCACUGGUGCUGCUCGGGCCGUCAAGCCUACUGUCGGUCUCUUGGCUGCAGUAAUGGGUGUGAUGAUCCUGCUAUAA